AUGAAGGCAUCAUCUCAAGCCGUCACUUUGGCCUGCGUGGCCAUUGUCCUGGCCGUUUGCCAUGGCGCUGUGGCGACGCAUCCAGAAGGCGCAAGAAAGAUGGUCAGGCUUCACGCUCGUAUGGAAGCCAAAGCUGCGCCCGCACCCGCAGCAAACGCUGUUCCUGCACCGGCAGCCAAGGACGCACCUGCACCCGGAGCGAAGGCUGCUCAUGCAUCUGGAGCGAAGGCUGCGACUGCACACGUGGCGAAGGACGCUCCUGCUCCAGCAGCCCAGUCGGACCAGGCCGAUAAGCCCGCCUCGCUGGCCGAGGAGAAGAAGGUGGAUCCGGGCAUGAAGCUGAGCAUGGAUAGCGAUGCGACCUUGUCGCUGCAGCAUGCGGAGGCGAUGCGACUCACGAUGCGCAACAAGGCCGAGCUGGUCAUCGCCUCGCAUUCUGGAGGCGCACUGUCGUCGAGCGACGUGGACGAGAUCCUCUCCGGCAAUGCCGCUUCGCUUCACCCAGGUGUGCUGUCGAACAUCAGCUGGACCGUGGACAUUUUCGAAUCCGGCACCGCCCUCCCCACCACUUCGACCAAGGUCUCGGUCUCGCUCUCGUCGAGCUCCAAGGUCAAUGGUGUCCACACCGCCGAGGUCUCUGGUGAACACAACGCCUUUAGCGAUGCUCGCGACCUCAACCACGAUGGCAUCAUUUCGGUCGACGAGAUGCUUGGAUCGUUUUUCCAUGCCGACGACGUCAACCACCUCUUCGACCAGGUCCAGGCAGCCAGUAGCCAGCAACUGGGCAAGGUGACCAAGAAGGAGAUCAUCAAACAGAAAGCUCCUGUGCUGCACAAGACCAUCGAAAAGGUCGCCAGCCACCGCGGUUGGGGAAUUCAGGACGCCCGUUUCGCCCAGCUCCACCUCGACACCCCCCCUUCGCCUACCGCCCACAAGGCCUUCUCCGACUACAACACGUUUGUUAAGACCAUGCGUAGCGCCCUCAUCACCCCUAACGACGCGGCUAAGGACACCGCUGUUGACCAGCUCAAACAGCCCCAGGCUGCUCGCGCCGAUCCCGCCACCAAGGCCUAA